AUGAAGACCUCCGGGCUUGCUUCAUUUGCGGCGACGGUGCUCAGCGGGGCUCUCUUCGCUACAGCGGUAGCAGCAGCGGACCUGCCUCCAAUCGUCAUCAAGGGCUCCCAUUUCUUUUACGAGAAUGGCACAGAGUUCUUCAUCAAGGGAAUCGCAUAUCAACAGGAUGUCAGCACCAAUGGGUCAACAUCAGCAACUGGCAAAUUCACAGAUCCUCUAGCCGACCAAGCUGGAUGUACGCGUGAUGUUCCUCUGAUUGCUGCCUUGGGAGUAAACACCAUCCGAGUCUAUGCGAUUAACGCCUCCGCGAACCACGACUUCUGCAUGAAGUUGCUUGCAGACAACGGCAUCUACCUUAUUCAGGACCUAUCAAACCCGGUCGAUUCGAUUAUUCGAGAUGAUCCUAAAUGGAACACCGAGCUCUUUGCAACCUACGCGGGCGUUGUUGAUGCUUUGGCUGGAUACACCAACACCCUUGGAUUCUUCGCUGGAAAUGAGGUUUCCAAUGAUCGCACCAACACUGAUGCCAGUGCUUUCGUCAAGGCUGCCGUCCGUGAUAUGAAGGCAUAUAUCAAGACCAAGAAUUACAGAACCAUUGGUGUCGGAUAUGCUACCAACGAUGAUGCUGCUAUUCGUGAUGAUUUGGCGUCUUACUUCAACUGUGGAGAUGCUUCUGAAGCUAUUGAUUUCUGGGGAUACAACAUCUACUCCUGGUGCGGAGAUUCCUCUUUCACCGAGUCUGGAUUCGAUCAACGUACCAAGGAAUUCGAGAAGUUCUCUGUCCCAGCUUUCUUUGCUGAGUACGGAUGCAACACUGUUCAACCUCGCGUCUUUACUGAAGUUGCGGCCAUCUACGGUCCCAACAUGACCAAUGUCUGGUCAGGUGGUAUCAUGUAUAUGUAUUUCCAGGAAGCCAACGAUUACGGUAUCGUCUCUCUCACAGGAACAACUGCCUCCAAGCUUCCAGAUUACACAGCCCUCUCCUCGCAACUAAACGCCGUCCGACCCUCUAACACCGCCUCAGCCGCUUAUGUCGUCUCCAACACCGUCGCUUCAGCCUGUCCAGCAACUGGAACCGCCUGGGCAGCGUCCUCCAACCUCCCACCCAUCGCCAACGCCCAACUCUGCGAGUGCAUGGUCUCUUCGCUCUCCUGCGUCGCCAACUCAGGUCUCACCGGCAAUCAAACCGCCGACCUCUUCGACACCGUCUGCGGCCUCGACAAGAACGCCUGCGCCGGCAUCUCUGCUAACGGCACCACAGGCGUCUACGGCGCCUAUUCCGUCUGCACUGCCUCCCAACAGCUUUCCUUCGCCUUUAACCAAUACUACGUCUCCCAGAAAUCCGCCAAGACGGCGUGUGAUUUCGGCGGAAACGCAAAGGUCCAAUCUGGCUCCACCAGCUCUUCGUGCUCGAGUCUCGUUUCCGCUGCUGGUGCCGCGGGAACUGGAACCGUCACCGCGGCGCCUACGGCUGCUGGGGCUUCUGGAGGAUCGGGAACUGGAUCGUCCGGCGCGUCGACCUCCUCUACAUCUAAAGCUGCGGCGGGUAUGAUUACCGUUCCGGCUUUGAACACAGGACUGCUAAGUUUGGGUGUAUAUGUGGUUGUUGCGGGCAUGGCAGGGAUGGGAAUGAUCUUGUUGUAA